AUGGAACCACUCUAUCAGGCUGGGUCCAUUCUCAUGAAGGUGAAUACUUUACAAGGGAAGAAGAUAGUGGAGAGUGGCCUCCAGUCUGGAGACUUUUCCCUCCCCCAGUCGUGGCCUUCCUGCCUCCUGCCACCAGCUGACGUGGAGAUGCUGCAGCAGAAGGUGGCCGCGGUGCAGCAGGAGCUGGAGGUCUUUAAGAAGGAGGCAUUGAAAGCCAUCCAUUACCUGGAAGAUGCCUUCCGCGAGAUGAACGGGGCCCUGGCACAGCAGGAGGAGCAAGCAGCCCGUGUGAAGCAGCGGCUGAGGGAAGAGGAGGACCGGGGCAUUGUGCGAAAUAAGGUCCUCACCUUCCUGCUGCCCCGUGAGAAGCAGCUCCGGGAGCGCUGCAGGCUGCUGGAGUGCAUGCUGCUGGGUAGGAGCCGCAAGGCGCUGGGCCGCCCCAAGAAGAUCCAGGCAAACUGA